ACCCGGAAGAAGAGAAAGAUCACGAUUUCGUGCGGUCGAUGGCUCGCCAAGAAGUGGAGAGCAUCUCGGACGUGUCAUCUGUCUUCGAAAGUUCGGGACUCGACAUUAAAGCUCCCAGAUCCACGUAUUCCGUCGUGGAGGACAAGCAACAAGCCGAGCGUUCGUCGUCUCUUCGGCUCGCAGAUAAACCCACGGCAAAGUCCAUGCCAUCCACGUUGGAAGCGACAAAAGACUCACCACGGGGAUCUAAGCAGGAGCUGCAUCGAUCAGUACCCGAGUCAUCCUUCUCCGCAUCCUCAACGACCGUGCAGAAGAGUACAGACCGCACCAAGAAGCCGAUGCCACAGACUGUGGAGACUCUGCCAAACCGGGAGCGAUCAGACUCGUUGUCUUCUACGGUCUCGUCGAUUCCUGAGCCUUCGGUUGUGGAGAACGCUCUGAAAUCUGGUACUGCAACGGCUGCCAACACGAACCGGAGACCAAUCGCGAAUCUUGUCAGUGGACUGCACUCCUUCACGUCUUUACUGGAGAAAGAAAACUCUCAACAAGGCAAUAAUAGCCGCAGUGCACCUGUGGUUAACGCACUAAAGCUUGCAGAGAGAUCACGUGUAGCUGAAGAGAAGAAGCGACUGGAGAAGGAGAAACGAAAGGCGCUUUUGAAGAAGAAGAUGGAGGAACACAAGAAGGCUGCGGCACUUAAGGAGAAGGCGGAGAAGGACGCGCAGGCCAAGCGGGAACAAGAACGCUUGAACGAACGCAAGAAGCGUGAAGCUGAACUAGCGAGAAGGCGACAACAGAAGCUCAAGGAGAUGCGUGCAGGACUCGAGAAGAAGCGAGCGAUGCUUGCAGCGGAGAAGAAGGCCGGCCUCUCAUCCAGGCUGCUGUCGUUGGUGUUGAUGCUGCUGGGCGCGAGAUCAACGUGCCUCGAAGGACGGACAAGGAAGAAAGGAAAUGAUUCCUUUUCACGUGAGCUCGUUUUGUAUAUGAAGGAUGAGCGCCGCGAUAACAAUAUUGUGACAACAAGAAUGAUGAUCGAUUACAUGAAGGAGCAUCACCACGACUGGUUGAUCAAGUACCUUGCCACGAAGAAAAAUGAGGAUAGCGCCCAAAAGGCUUUAUACGCGCUGUGUCAAAAUUUUGCCAAACGUCAUGGUUUUUCAUCAAGGGCUCCUGUGUCAAGCAAUGUGUAA